AUGAAUAAGAAUUGGACAGACGUGGAAUUUGACCUCGAUGGAUCGGUCUCAAAGGCCGUCCAGCUUGUUCACCAGGCUGCUGAGAACGGGGCAAAUCUUGUUGUUUUCCCGGAAUUGUGGUUCCCGGGCUACCCAAAAGGCAUGGCCGAUAAAGCUUCAAUCGCAGCACACGCUGAAAGCUACGUCAAUAACUCAUUGGUCAUCGGUAGUCCACAAUGGAAGGCUCUUAUAGAUGUCGCUAAAGAAAGAAAGGUUUACCUUGUUCCCGCUUUUUCUCAUCGCGCCAACGGCACCAUUUAUAUGGCUCAAGCGCUUAUCUCGCCUGAUGGUGAAGUCCUUCAUCUUCGUCACAAGCUCCGACCUUCUGGUGGCGAGCGCGAGAUCUGGUCCGAUGGCGAACUUGAAGGCUUGAAAGUAAUUGCGACUCCAUACGGACGCUGGGGGUUACUGGAAUGCUGGGAGCAUUUCCAUCCAGCGAUGACAUUCAACAUGCAAUCUCAGAUAGAGACUUUGCAUAUCGCAUCGUGGCCUUACAUGCCGGAUGAAAAGGAUGGAAGUGCUGCAUACUGGGAAUCAGUUGAAGUAAACGAAGCUGCUGCGCGCAUGUAUGCUGUCAAUUCGGGGGCACCUCUUGUCAUGGCAUCUGUGGGAAACUCCAGAUUCCUGAGUAAUGAGGGAUUGGACCUGAAUCUAGUGAAGGCAUCUGUGUCAUUUGAAGAUGUCCCUCUCGUCUAUAGCUCCUUUAACACGACCGGACUUGCUAGUACAUCUCCGUAUGAUGCAGAUUCUGAACAAUCCUGGGGAAUUUUGGGUCAAAUUCAGGAGGGAUUCCCAUCAUACAUUCCGAAAGUCGUGGGAGAUUUUGUGGUCCGGGUUUACAAUCCAAUUGCGAGUCUCCUUGAGGCCGCCAACUGA